AUGGUACAUAAUUGUGCAAUUAUAAGUUGUCCACUUCAUAAUCGACGGAAUAUUCGUAAAGGACUUCUUUUUCAUUCAUUUCCUGUUGAUCAACAUCGAUUUGAAUUAUGGCGACAGACUGUAUUUAAUCAUUGUUCACAAACACUUUCAAUAAAUAAACAUUCAAAAAUUUGCUAUCGACAUUUUCAUCCAGAUGAUUAUAUUGCUAAUCAUACUGGUCUUACACGUUAUUUAAAAGCAACUGCUAUACCAUCAAUCUUUAUUCAAACAAAUUCUAAUACAACUAUACAUUCUUCUACUAUAUUAAAUAAUCAUUUAUUAAAUUCAUCGACAAAUUCGAACACUAAUCGAUCAAUAAAAUUAAAUACAUUUUCAGAAACAUUGUCACCAUCACUUUUAAUUUUACCAUCAAAAUCUUCUUCAUCAGUAGUCGUACCAACAAUAACGAAUACAAAAGCAAAACGACUUUUAAAUACAAUUGAUAAAUUACAUCAAAUACAAAAUGCAAAUAAAAUUGUUAUGACACAAAAAAUAAUUUUAGAAAAUGAACAAUUAAAACAAGAUGAUAAUGAUGAUAAUAAUAAAAUCAUAAAAAAACAAACAUUAAAAACAAAUCAAAUUAUCAAUGAUAAUAAUGUUUUACUUGAUAACUCAAUACAAACAUCUCAACCAUUUAUAAUCGAUCAUCAAAAUAUAAUAAAAGAACAACAAUCAAUUCAGGAUACUUUUCAACAGUCAUCAGUAGAAUCUGACACAUUUCGAUGGACUGAAAAUACAAUAAUUUCAUUACCAAAAAAUCAUUUAGAAGAUACAUUAUUCAAAUUUCUUGAGCAAGCUAAUCUUUUACAAUAUUAUUCUGCUUUCAUCGAACAAGGUGGUGAUGAUUUAAAACAACUUGCUGAAGCACAAAAUGAUGAUUUUCAAGAAAUAAUUACUCUCGUUGGAAUGAUAUCAAAACCAUUACAUGUUAAACGAUUUAAAAAAGCUUUAGCUGAUUAUCGACAAUCAAUGAAUAAUAUUAAUAUUGAAUAUACAUUUGUAAAUAAUUCAUAUUCAACUAUUCCUCUUCGUCGUUUAUCAACAGAUGAAACAUUCUCUGAUCGAAAUAUAUUUUCAUCUCUUAUUCAUUCAACAUCAACGAAUAAUUCACCAAAAUCUGUCAAUCAAAUUUCUUCUAAUUGGUGUCUAAAUAAAAUAGAUCAUUCUAAAAAUAAUAAUACUCAUCAAUUACUUGAUGAUAAUCAACGUAAAAUGAUUGCAGAUGAAGCAGAACGAUUAGCUAAUUUAUUACCAGUAACAACAAUUAAAAAACUAAAUGGACGAAAUAAUAUAUCAAAAGAUUUAUUUACUACAAUGAACUUGCCAAGAGAUUUUGAAGAUCGUUGGCAACGUAUUCGAAAAUAUUCAGCUAUCUAUAAUCGAUUUGAUUCUAAAACACCUAAUCAAGUGUUAAGUUUACAUGAAAUUCUUAUUAAUGAAGCUGCAGCUGCUAUUUGUUUUCAUAGGCCAGAAUUUUUAACACGUCGUCAUGAACUUUUACAUCUUGCUCGUCGUGUUCUGCAAAAUAUUGGAAUUUCAACUACAAGUAUUCAAAAACGACCAUUGACUAUGUUAACAUGUGAUAUAACACCAGCAAAACAAAUAAAAUUAAAUAUACCUACAACAAAAUCUCAUGUUCGACAACGAGAUCCUGAUGCUUUUCGAUUAAUGUGGCAUAAUCGAGAAGUAAAAGUUGAACAAAUUCCUAUUCAAGUCGAAGCACUUCGUUGUGAACAAAAUAAAUUAUUACAACAACUUAAACAAAAUACAAUUGAUUCAUCAUCAUCAUCAUCAUCACCUAUAGAUAAUAAUGGACUUAAAAAACAAAUUGAUGAUUUAGGUAAACAAAUUGAACAACUUAAUGAUGAAGAAAAAAAUUUACGACGAUUAAUUCGUAAAAAAAAUAUGCGUCUUCGAGCAAAAGAACGUCAACAACAAAAACAACAAAUGCUUGUUAAUCAUUCAUCAAACGUUCAAGAUUUGAUUUUACCUAUAGUACCAAUAACACCAUCAUCAUCAUCAUUACCAACUGAUAUCAAUCAUGAUCAACAAACAACAUCAUUAUUAUCAAUACAAACAUUUGAAAAUAAUAAUGAUAUGUAUCAUUCAAUAAAUAUCAAAGAUGAAAAAAUUGAAUCGCCUGUUAAUCUUUCUUCUCCUGUUUUAAAAGCAAGAAAAGAAUUUUCAAAAACAACACUUAUUGCUAAACCGAUUGAUAAACGACGUGAAGAAGUCAAUGAAAAAUUAAUCACAUUUAAUAAGAAAACAAUUAUUCCGAAAAGUAGUAGAUCAUCUCGUUCAACACAAAGAAAACAAUCAUCAUCAACAACAGCUAUUGAAUUAGUAUUCGAUUCAGAUUUUCAUUCUCAAACAUCAACGAAUAUUCUUUCAACAUGUCAUAAUGAACAAGAUAUUGUCGAAAGCAAAAGUUUUAUUCAUACUCUUGAUUUUAAUAUUAAUACUUAA